CUUGCUGGCAUUCACUAGCAAAACGUCAGUCAACGCAUUCCACCAAUUAAGUCCAGAUUGAAGUUAAUAAACAGCAGCAAUAUGAAGUGCAUUCUUUUCGUAUUCGGCAUCAUCGCUUUGUUGUUGUGCACCACAGUACAAGCCGUUGACAAGUUGGCCUGCUCACAGCCACGCGAAAUCGGUCCCUGCCGCAAGGCCGACCCGAAAUUCUUCUACAAUAGCGAAAAGAAGGCUUGCGAGGACUUCCUCUAUGGAGGCUGCAAGGGCAAUGAUAAUCGCUUCGAUACCAAAGAGGAAUGCGAGAAGACUUGCCUUUAAGUGAUAUGUGAAAAAUGUUUCGAUAAAUUGUGAUGAUCGAUGCUGAAACACGUUGAUGUGUUUAAUUGUUGGUUUUGUAAAUAUGUAUUGUACUUAUAAUUAUAUUAUAUAUAUUUGUUGAUUAA